UGUGUGUGUGUGCGUACAUAAGUGUGCAUGUGUGUGUGUGUUGUCCAGCAUAUGCUCUGUUGUGUUUCUUCUUCUUCUUCUUCUUUGCGAAUGAAGAUCUGGCUGCAGACUCUGAGAACUGGUUGACGUCAAUGCUACUACUGCAUUCAACAGAGCCGACCAUCAGGAGAUGAGCACUUCUGCAGAGCCGACCAUCACGGAGACUCCUACUACUGCUCUUCCUGCUGCUCCUCUUGCUACUUCUGCAGAGCCGACCAUCACGGAGACUCCUACUACUGCUCUUCCUGCUGCUCCUCUUGCUACUUCUGCAGAGCCGACCAUCACGGAGACUCCUACUACUGCUCUUCCUGCUGCUCCUCUUGCUACUUCUGCAGUGCCGACCAUCAUGGACGCUUCUACUACUGCUUUUCCUGCUGCUCCUCUUGCUACUUCUGCAGAGCCGGUCACCAUGGAGACGACUCCUCCUGCAGUGCCGACCAUCAUGGACGCUAUUACUACUGCUCUUUCUGCUGCUCCUCUUGCUACUUCUGCAGCGCCGGUCACCAUGGAGACGCCUCCUCCUGCAACGCCGACCAUCAUGGCCGCUACUCCUCAACCGAUGCCUGCAGAGACUUCCCCCAAAGCACCUCUGCUUAUUCCUGCGAAGGUCUCGACGCCGGUCUACGGUGUAGUGGAUAACCAGGCCGGAUAUGAUGCAGCUUUAAUUGGAGGAGUCGUUGGCGGUGUCUUCGUGCUGCUGCUGCUGCUGGUCCUCAUUCUAGCGCUGCUGCUCUGGUGCCUGUCCAGACGAAAAGGCUCAUAUGAAACCAACGAGAUGUACAUCCUCGAAGAUGAAGAUUAUGCUGAUGUUGGUGAUGAAGAUGAUGAUGGGGAUGAAGGUGGCAACGAUGAUGAUGAUGAUGAUGAUGAUAAUAAAUCUGCCGGCUCUGAUACAGCGCUCCAAAUUGAAGAACCUCUAGAGAUAAAAGAAGAGGAGUAAAGAGCAGAAAACAUGUCAAAUAUGGACUAUUGUAGCUUUUUUUAAUUUUAAUUU